AUGAUAAAGCUUAGGAUAACAAAGGAUUCUAACAUGAAAGCCCAAUAUGCAAAACUUUGGAGGGAAGUCGGCAAUGUGAUUAAGUGUGGGGUCACAAAGUCUGAUUCUUAUAGGAAUACAUUUGUCAACUUUCUCAGAUUUGAGAGCACAAAAUCAAAUGGGGAACUGAUGACACUUUACCAAUACUUGUCACGAAUGAAAUCGGGUCAAGAUAACAUCUUCUACAUCAUAGUCAACAAGGAGCAGAUGAAGAAGUCUUCCUUUGUUCAGAUUCUUAGAAAGAAAGAUUUUGAGGUCAUAGUCUUCAUAGAUAAAGUGGACGAAUUUAUGAUCCAACAUCUGGGGGAAUACAAGGGGAAGAAGUUCCAAGAUGUGUCUGAAAAUGGAAUCAACCACAUUCUUGUUGACACUCCUUGUGUCGUGGUGACAUCAAACUACGGUUUAAGUUCAUAUUUGGAGAGGCUACCACACUCACGGGCACUUGGUAAAAGGGUGCUCGAAAUCAAUUCUAGGCACCCAAUCAUUGAGAAGCUUCGCCGCAAUGUUGUAAAAGACCCAAAGGGUGAGAAUGUUAAGCGAAUAGCACUGACCAUGUAUGCUAUAACUUUGAGGGAGAGUGGCUUGGAGCUUACUGAGCAGAGGGUUCCAUUUUCCACCCAUACCACUUUGUUCGAAGCAGUCUAA